AUGAUCAUUCCAGAGACAAUGCCAGAUGAUCUAGGUCUGGAUGAAUUCUUCAAACUGAACGCAGAGGGCACAGAUGGUCUUGAUUUCGACAAACCUGGUGAUCCCAGUCCAACAGGAGAUCAGGAAACGUUCUCAGAUGAGGCUCAAGUAGCCAUGAUUAUUGCAGAGGAAGAAAGAAGGCGUUGUGAAACACUUCAAAACAUGCUGGAAAAAAAACAGCGUAAAAAAAAGAUAAUUCCGAAAAAGAAAUAUAAAAGAGGCGCAAUUACUGGGUCAUACGCCGACAAGUAUAAUAGAAGACAUCUUACUUCCCUGCAAAACAUGCUUGUUUUAGUGGAAUGCGAGGACGGGAUGCAGCACAGCAGCCCUAACGUUGCUAGAUGGGCAGCUCGAGUAUUCAGGCCCUCCUGCACUAAAGAAAUUUGGGGAAACCCCAGGUGUCAAAAAGGCCUUUUUGGCCCAAAUUCCAAAGCCAAAACCAGAAAGUUUUGAUUAUGAAAUUCGAAAAAACUGGAGGGAUGGAACUAUCAAAAGAAAAAGAAAAAUGGUUGUGGAUCUCAUUACCCACAAUGGAACCAAACGACCAAGAUGGGGAAAGAAUUCCCACCAACCCCAUUGGUGGCCAUUAGGCCUUCCCUUCGCAGACCCUAACAACGGCGCGAAAAGAGCUGGGGUCGAAGACCUUAAUGCAAUUAUUGCAGCAGCUGAGAAUGCUUUGCAAGGUAAAGAAGAAGAUGAUGAUGAUGAUGAUGAGUCUUUUUAA